UCAGGGGGUCCUCCCAUCUCGGGCUCAGGAACCCUCUGCUAGUCUGGGGGCGAGGCAGCUUGUGUGUUGCAGAGCUGGCCUGGUGCUUGGGAAAGGACCAUAGGCCUCUCCCAGGCAGCGUCUGUGGAGCAUGGGGUAGGACCUGGGCAGACAGGGCCUAGCCAGGGUGUGGGAAGAAGGGGUCCGUCUGUGUCCAGGAGCACCCAUGGGUGCUGGUUCUAAGGCUGGAGGAGGAAGCUGGGCAGUGCUUUCCAAGUACAGCGAGCCCUGGCUAGGGCUCUGAAGUGAUGCCUGACCCUCCUCCUCGUGCGCUCUUCUCUCUUUGCACCCCAGCCUACUUCACUGGGCUUCCCCCAAGCAGUCUGCGGAGGGAUUUUGUCUCUCCUCUGCUAGGAUUGUGGAGGUUGGGCCACAGCAGGUGGGGCUGAGGGGUCCCCUUCUUGGGGAGCUGCCUGUUGCACGAGUGAGUGAGUGGCUUGAAUCCCAAGGGCAGUUUUAGUCCAGGCAGUCUUCACAGUUGUGUCCCUCUGCCUGUGUGGUCUCAUCUGCUGCACCCACCUGUGGGGCCCAGCAGGGCUAUUGCCCUCGGCCCUGUCCUGGCUCUGAAUGUGCUGGCACAGGCUGCUUGCUGCUCCUUCUCUAGGCCACCCCUCUCCAAUCUACUUACACUCACCUGCCUUCCUGCCGGGUUGGGGACAGUGCCCGGGCCCCUCCCACCGUCUCGGUGUAGUGCUCACUGCCUUUGAGGCCCAGGGCUGUCUUCCCUCCUGGUGGCUCCCGCCUACUGGAGCACCCAUCCAGUUGUCCCUGCCUGGCAUGGCUCUGGGGCUCUGAGGAGGCUAUGUAGCUGGGACUGAGAGAAGGAGGUCCUGGCUUGCCUCUGGGCCUGCACAGGGCUGAACCAGUUCAUGAAGCCACUGCCCGCCUUAGCCCCAGGCUCCCUCAUGAGGCCAAAGCAGAGCCUGGGGAGGGCAGGGCCAGCCUCUUGAUGACAGGAUCCACUCAGCAUCCUCCAGGAUGGUCACAGUGCCAGUCUCUGGCUGUAGCCUCUGUGGGGAUUGCAGCAUCUGUAGUGAUGUCACCAGGGCUCCACAGUGGUGUGACAGGAAUGGCCCCCCAUUGCUCAAUAGGACUGGACUGGGAGACAGCUCUGGCAGAGUGGCCCACCGAGAUGGGCACCUGAGCCCUGCCACGGGAUGCUGUCUGCAACUUCAUGUCCCACGAGAAGUGCCUGCGGCAUGUGAAGACUGCGUGUGCCUGUGUGGCACCCAGCCUGGUGCGGGUCCCUGUGGCCCAUUGCUUUGGUCCCCGGGGGCUCUACAAGCGGAAAUUCUGUGCUGUCUGCCGAAAGGGCCUGGAGGCACCUGCACUUCGCUGCGAAGUGACUGCCGCCAGUGCCACCAGGACGGACACCAUGACCACGAUACCUACCACCACCACUGGCGGGAGGGGAACCUGCCCUUGGGCGCGCGCUGCGAGGUCUGCAGGAAAACCUGUGGCUCUUCAGAUGUGCUGGCCGGUGUGCGCUGCGGAUGGUGUGGCAUCCAGGCCCACUCGCUGUGCUCUUCGGUGCUGGCCCCGGAGUGUACCUUUGGGCAGCUGCGCUCCAUGGUCCUGCCCCCUGGGUGUGUGCGCCUGCUGUCCCGAAAUUUCAGCAAGAUGCAUUGCUUCCGCAUUGCCGAGACUGCAGCCCUGGAGCUGGGCGACAGGGAUGAUGGUGUGGAUGGAAGUGCGGCUUCGGGCCCUGGCAGGGAUGCGCCGGCAACCCCUGAGUCCAGCAAACAGACCCUGGAGAUCUUUGACGGCAAUGACACCGUGAGGAGAAACCGUUUCCGCCUGGUCACUGUGCCUCGUCUGGCCAGCAGUGAGGAGGUGCUGGAGGCGGCACUGCGGGUCUACUAUGUCAGCGAGGACCCUGGAGACUUUGAGCUUCAGGAGCUGCCCUUGCCCUCGCUGGCUGCUGUUGCCCAGACCCCAGGGAAGGCUGGAAGUGGUGGCCUGGCUGAGGAAGACAGUACCAGGGGCUCUGGGUCCCAUGAACCUGAGGCCUGGGUCAUCCGUGCACGGCCCCGUGCCCAGGAAGUCCUGAAAAUCUACCCCGGCUGGCUCAAGGUGGGCGUGGCCUACGUGUCCAUCCGGGUGACUUCCCAGAGCACGGUGCGCACCGUGGUGCUAGAGGUCCUCCCGUUGCUUGGACGCCAGGCCGAGGAUCCUGAGAACUUUCAGCUGAUGGAGGUGCUCAUGGGCAGCAGGCAAGUCCAGCGGAUGGUGCUGGCAGAUGAGGAGCUCCUGCUCGAGCGGCUUUGGGACAUCCGGCAGACGUCCCUGCGGCAGGCCAGCCGGACGCGAUUCUACGUGGUGGAGAGCAGGGCCGUGGCUCCGCGUGUCUCCCUGUUUGUGGGUGGCCUGCCACCUGGCCUGUCUCCUCGAGCGUACGGUGACCUGCUGCAUGAGGCCAUGGCCACCAAAGCUGCCGUGGUGUCUGUGAGCCACGUCUACUCCCAAGGUGCAGUGGUGCUGGACGUCACCUGCUUUGCUGAGGCCGAGCGGCUGUACAUGCUGGGGAGGGACACAGCUGUGCAUGGCCAGCCACUGACCACACUGGUGCUCCCGGAUGUGCUGCACACAAAGCUGCCCCCAGACUGCUGCCCCCUCCUCGUGUUUGUGAACCCCAAGAGUGGGGGCCUCAAGGGCCGAGACCUGCUCUGCAGUUUCCGGAAGCUGCUGAACCCUCACCAGGUCUUCGAUCUGACCAAUGGGGGCCCACUUCCCGGGUUCCACCUCUUUGCCCAGGUGCCCUGCUUCCGGGUGCUGGUGUGCGGCGGUGAUGGCACCGUGGGCUGGGUUCUCACUGCCCUGGAGGAGACCCGGCACCGUCUGACCUGCCAGGAGCCGUCGGUUGCCAUCCUGCCUCUGGGCACAGGGAACGACCUCGGCCGGGUCCUCCGCUGGGGUGCGGGUUACAGUGGCGAGGACCCGCUCUCCAUGCUGGUGUCUGUGGAUGAGGCGGAUGCUGUACUCGUGGACCGCUGGACCAUCCUGCUGGAUGCUCACAAGGCCACUGGUACAGGAAACAAUGCGGUGGACACAGAGCCUCCCAAGAUUGUACAGAUGAGUAACUACUGUGGCAUUGGCAUCGAUGCUGAGCUCAGCCUGGACUUCCACCAGGCUCGGGAGGAGGAGCCUGGCAAGUUCACCAGCAGAUUCCACAACAAGGGUGUGUACGUUCGGGUUGGGCUGCAGAAGAUCAGCCACUCUCGAGGCCUACACAAGGAGAUCCGGCUGCAGGUGGAGCAGCGGGAGGUGGAGCUGCCCAGCAUCGAGGGCCUCAUCUUCAUCAAUAUCCCCAGCUGGGGCUCAGGAGCUGACCUCUGGGGCUCUGACAGUGACUCGAGGUUUGAGAAGCCACGCAUGGACGAUGGGCUGCUGGAGGUGGUGGGGGUAACUGGCGUUGUGCACAUGGGCCAGGUGCAGGGGGGGCUGCGCUCUGGCAUUCGCAUUGCCCAGGGCUCCUACUUCCGUGUCACGCUCCUCAAGGCCACACCAGUGCAGGUGGAUGGCGAGCCUUGGGUCCAAGCCCCAGGACACAUGAUCAUCUCAGUUGCAGGCCCCAAGGUAUGUUGGUGGCUGACUGCCCAGGCAAGGUGGAUGGAGCAGGUGGCCACAGCCAAGAGGUGGCUGGGGUGGCCUUGCUGCCCAGGGGGGCCUGGGCCACCUGUGAAUCGGGAAGCCACGGGAACCGAUGUGGGCAGGCAGCUUUUCAAGCCCUGUGCUCCUCAGUGUAGACACCUGGGCCUCUGGAAGAGGGCCUGGGGCAAAGGCAGUGCCCGGAGGGCUGCAGCGUCACCCUGCUUCUAACCCAAAACCCUCCGUGAACUGGGGCUGAGUGUGGUUGGCUGCCUCUGGGCCCCGGGGCUAUAACCUGGUGCCCCCAGCUCUCUGAUCCAUCCUGCCCCGUCUCGGGACAGGUCCACAUGCUGAGGAAGGCCAAGCAGAAGCCCAGGAAGGCUGCAGCCACAAGGGGGCACACUGCCCCUGCCCCUGAGGGCAGCACUAACUAAGGGCUGAGAGGUCCAGGUGGCGCUGGAGCCGUCCAUCCGAUGGACCUGUCGCGCCCUGCCCACGCCAUCUUCCUGGGGUCAGGACGUCUCCAGCCCUUGGUCCCAUGCAGUGUCACCUGGAAACCCCUGGGUGGGGGCAGCCCCGGACAGUCCCCGGGACGGGAGCACAGGGCUCCUGGCUGGCCUGCCCCCGGCCCUUGGGGCAGCAGUGGAACGAACUGUUUGGUGGCCUCUGACCUUGUCUUAUGCCCCUCAGGCUGUCCUCUGGAUGCCCUUUGGAGCGGCCGCUCACCCCCCCCCCCCGCCAGCAGGCAGCACGCAGCCCUGGUGGCCAUGGGGUGACCUCGCCCUUGCCUGGCGCAGGGAAGGUGGCCUCCCGUCUCCCGCCUUGUCACUGCAGUGCGGUUUGGGCCAAGGGAGGUGGUUGUGGGUGCUGGGCAGUGCCCAGCCUCACCUGAGAGAGGGGUCCGGUCCCCCUGGGGCCAGGUGGGCUUGGGUGGCUACUGUGCAGCAGCUGGAGCGUGGGCUUGGCCCUGAGUGUCCCCCUUACCCCCAGGGGUGAGCAUAUAGUGCCCAGAGGGGACCAGAAGCAGGGCUUCAAGGUCCAAUUGGGUGAACGUGUAAAUAACACCUACCAUAUGGAGGAGUGGAUUUAAUGUCUUCGUUCUUAAAUGUAGCACUUCACAUAACGCUGUCUGCCAGCAACCUGUGGCUCUCAAACACCAGUGCAGACACAGUUCCCAGCCCAUCCAGGCACCACUGCUGGCUAAGCCCGGCUGGGACAGCCUGGCUGGUGUGAAUGAAGCUGUUCUCCCUGUGCCUAAGAGCUCAUUGUCACCCCUCAGAUGCUGAAGGAAUCUGACCAAAAAUAAGCAGCCAAUGUGGAGAGUCUGCAGAGGCCCUCCCCCCAAAGCAAGGGACCCCACAGGUCCAGCCCUUCCCAGCACUCAGGGGCGCUGGGUUUGCACUGCUGUGGCUGUGACCUGGCUCCUGGGUGUGAUCUGCAGCCUCCUAGGAAUCUCCAUGCCACGCCACGUCCUUCCGCUGCUGCCAAAGCUGCAGACACACGCAUCCCGGUUCCACUGAUGGUCUCAGUGUAGCAGUUCUUAUGUUUACAUCACUGGCCAUCUUCAGUACAAGUCCUUAGUGAUGUAAUUAGUUCUGCUUUGACUUUAACCUGCAGGAAUUGUCUGUAAAUUGUGGUCAGUGUGGUCUGCCUUCUAUUUAAGUGAGACUGCCUGCAGUGCUGUGACCCUGGCCCCAGGCCUCUCCUUGUGACUUAAUGCUACCUGAAUGUGACCUAACAUACCCGGGACAAAUAAGAGUUGGGCUUCAGUGUCCUGUA